GCUCUCAGUUAUAGCCGGUAGUGCGCGGCGCGAAUCUUGUUUUUGCGCGUCGCUCUCGUUCACCCUUCGCGAGCGCUGGCGUCGCGGCGGCAGAGCAGCCGUGCAAAACGGCAAAGCACCAUAACGUCGUCAAUCGGCACGGGACCGUCAGUGGUCUCGCAUUAGCAAAACACACGCUCAACGUUUUAUAUAGAAAAAAGUAUAUAACGCAAUUGACGGGUAAUAUAAUUCGUGAAUAAUCUUUCGCUUCGUCUGUCACGAAGGUCGUAAUUAAAUUACAACUGAAUUAUUCGCGGCGUACGAGGGUAAAAUCGAUCCGAGGGAAUAACCGGGUAUCGUCGGAUCGAAAUACUUUGCUGAUCCAAUCGCAGGGGCACGUGGUCAAGCGGCAAGCCAACAGGAGGAUCUAAUCGUCCAUCGUCCAUCGUCCUGCCCCCAAAAAGACGAUGACUUCACUUUUGCACCAGCUAGCCUACCAGUACGAGGCUGAAAAACAGCAGCAUCAGCAGCAACAACAACAGCUGCAAAGCGAAGUCGGGCUGGACGCGCCGGGAAGUCCCGCGUCCCCUCAAGCUUAUCGUCAGUCACAACAGUUGACGAGUCACCGCGACGAAAUGCAGCAACAGCAACAGCAGCAGCAACAAGCCGAUCGCGAUUACGUCAGUCAACAGCGCGAGAACAAGAUGCAACUUCAGUCGCACGAGCGCGAGCAACAUCUGCGCGAGCUUUCGUCCUUGAACAACCUGCUGUUGGACUUGCCGACUGUGCCGUCAUCGCCGACUUACAACGCGGCGCCCGGCUCCAAGUUCUCGAUCGGCCACGAGCUCGUAUCGCCGACAUCGAGCGCUUCUCCUUCCAAGAGCGUCUCGAGUGGAAAUUUGGAUGCAACAGAUAUGUCAAUAUCUGAUCUAUUUGGAUUAGGAUCUGCGCGCGGAUCAUUGAUGAGUAACAAUCAAAAGGAUCAUGGAGCGCAAACUGGUUUCGAUACAUCUACAUAUAAGCAACAUAAUAUGUAUUAUUCCCAGCAGUUGGACCGCUCCGAUAAUUCCAAUGGAUAUUACUCAAACACAACUGCGGCCGAGAAACCGUAUGAGUAUUCAAAUGGAUACUACUCGAACCUGAACCAGUCGAAUAGCAAUAACUACAUAGAUACGCCGAGCUCGCCGGUAUCUGUACACACACCAGCUACACCUAGUACACCUGGCAGCAUGUACUCAAAUCCGUACUCGUACUCGAGUAUGACCAGCAGUAGCAGUCCUUACAAUUCGGCCUCAUCGGUAUCUAGUGGUUACAAUAAGCGAUUCCCAUCCUCGCCACUGCGUUCACCACCGUGCUAUGCACGAGCGAUUCGAGGGUCACCACCUUAUAGCAGCGAUUGCAGUAGUCCAUCGACAGAGUAUCCUAAUCAUUCAUUUGGCUGCAAUAAUUCGAGGUCGAACUCACCAGCUGAUUCUGAUACUAGUGCCAGUAGUAUUGACGGUCCUUUAGCAGAUAUAAUCCGCCGUUGUUAUCCUCAAAACCCUUGGGCUGAGGUAAAAAAAUACCUUCAUAGUGGACGAGCUACCCUCGCUGAUUUACCGUUCAUCAAAAAAUGUUUUAUGGAAUACUGUCAGACGCAGCAGCAAUCACCACAACAGCAACAACAGACAACACAGCAAUCUACCCCUUCACGAUCAUCUCAACAUACCCCGAUGCACAACCAUUACCAUCAUCAUCAGAACAACAAUACCCCAUCACGCAGUUACUUCAAUCAAGAGUCUAAUAAUAAUUCCUUUAACGGCUCUCAUUUUGGAAACUCCGAAAAAAACUGUUGCAAUAUGUCGGUUCCAAGAAGCAAUCCGUCACUCAUUUCUUUAGAUAAAGCUGCUAGAAUUCAUCGUAAAGCGGCAGCUGCAUCCGAUGCAAAUCACACAUGGUGUGGAGAAUUACCUCAAAGAACUCGCAAGCCCAUUGGCUAUUCAUCGAAAGUUUUUUUGGGUGGCGUUCCUUGGGAUACGACCGAGUCAAUCUUGGUUUCUACUUUCAAACAAUUUGGACCGAUUAAAAUUGAGUGGCCAGGGAAAAAUCAAUCUUCUAUUCAGCCUAAAGGAUAUGUUUACAUUGUAUUUGAAUCAGAAAAACAGGUGAAAUCCCUUCUAGCCUGCUGUACACAUGAUUUUUCUAACGGUGGCCGAUAUUAUUAUAAAAUAUCGUCAAAGAGAAUGAAAGGAAAAGAUGUAAGAAUAAAUGAUACCAUUGAAAAUGUUCAAGUUAUCCCUUGGGCUCUUAAUGAUAGUAAUUUCGUCAAAUCCUCAUCUCAGAAAUUGGACCCUGAUAAGACUGUAUUUGUUGGAGCCUUACACGGAAUGAUGACAGCUACAGGCUUGUCAAAAAUCAUGAACGAUCUAUUUGACAAUGUCAUUUACGUUGGUAUUGAUACUGAUAAACAUAAGUAUCCCAUUGGAUCGUGCCGAGUAACAUUUAGUAGCAAGCACUCGUUCAACAAAGCUGUAAAUGCUGCCUUUAUUGAAGUCAAAACUGCGGAAUUCCGAAAAACAAUUCAAGUCGAUCCAUAUAUUGAAGAUGCACCUUGUUCAAGUUGUUACGUUCAGCAAGGACCAUAUUUCUGCAGAGACCGGAUGUGCUUCAAGUAUUACUGCCAUACUUGCUGGCAAUGGGUACACAGCAGCGAAUCAAUGAGUUCGCACGAGCCAAUGUCACGCGGCUUGAAGAAAAAUCAUGUUAUUGGUUUGACUCCGAAUUCGGGAUUGAAUCGACGUUGGGAUAUGUUAUAAAUGGGUUUCUCUCUGCUGACAUUGACCGACCAAUGUUUUAACUAUCGGUCAACAUAGUCAUCACUUAUUUGACCCUAGUCGACGGAGGAGCAGAAGCUGGGUGUUUAUUUUGUUUAACUAUGAAGAGUAAAACGGAAAGCGUCAGCUUAAUACGUAAAUUUUAUAACUUGCAAAAAUAAAUGCAAGAACCAUUGGCUUUAUUGCGCGUGAAGACAUUCAUGCGUUUGUUCAACAAGUUUGUUGAACAAAAACAAAUUUUCAAUAUGUUACUAAUCGUGAUUACUUUAAGUUCCUAUUAUGAACCGAGUACGAUUUUUUUUUUAUUUGUUGGUAUAUACCUUUAUCAAGAGCACUGGCUUGGGAAAAGUAUAUUAUUUUAAUUAACAUUUAAAAUGAGAUGAUAUAAUUAUUGUUAUGAUUUUCGGUCGUCUUAGGUGCGAAUCGAAGGGCCCCUAUAGUGACGAAUGGACCCAGUCAGUCAUUGAUUCAAUUUGAUUUAUAAUUGAUUAUUAUAUAGUGAUGAUGUUUACCAGUAAGAGAGCAUUCAUUUUCUGGUAGAUUAUAUUCGGUUGUUUAAAUUUGAUUAUGAUGUAGAAAUUGUAAUUUUUUUGGUACUUGAUGCUUGUAAAGCAUUUUUGAUAAUAAUUACGAGUUGUAAAAUACAUAUUUUAUGCACACGGGUGUCAACAAUUACUUCAGCCACUCGAAGUGGCUCUCUUAUUGUGGUUCAAUGACUUUACAAUGGAGUGAAAUUCGGGCUAUGAUUCUAGUAAUAGAAUUCUGAUUCUUUAUUUUUUUUUAAAUUUUUUGUUAAGAUUUACAAUCCUUCGCAAUUCUCGUGUUGCGUCUAUUUGUUUCAAAAAUUGAUUUUCAUCUCGCUGUCUAUUAUGUUUCGUUUUUUUUAUAUACGAUUCUGUUAAAUUGGAUUAAACAAUUUAGAUCUUUGCACAAA